CGUUAGCAACACACGAAGAUGUUCGCCAUGUCCACCCUCGUCGGCACCCCCGUGGUCGCCCCCGUCAAGGCCGUCCGCGCCGUGCGCUCCACCCGCGUGGUCGCCGCCGGCACCAAGACCGUCUCCAAGCCCAAGGCCAAGGCCGGUGCCAAGAAGUCCUUCGGCGAGUGGCUCCUCGACAAGGCGUGCCGUGACUCCUCCGUCAUUGGCGCGGGCUACGAGGACGACCUCAAGUCCGGUAAGUACAAGAAGGGCGGCAAGAAGUAAGCGAUCAGAGUAGUCGUUUAUUGAGUGCCCGUGCGAUGCUUCAUAGGCGGCGGGCCGGCCAGAGAUGCGAGUUAGCAUAGCCAAAACCCGUAAGCCGGAUGGCUCGUUGUCAAUGGAAACAGAUUUUUAUCGA